CAAAACCAAACCUGCGGUUAAAACUUAAGCCUCUGCAACUAGACAGAGAGAGAGAAAGGAUCCUGUCUUUGUUUGGGUAUAAAAUCCUGACGAUGUUCUUUUGUCUUUGGGAAGCACACGUCAGGCAAAAAGGGUACACUUGAAAUAUUGAGAUAAUCUCUGUGAGAGGAAACAUCAGAGAUGAUAGAAAACGGCGGAGAGAAACGGAUCUCCGUCGAGGAAGAAGGAUGUGGCCGUACGAUUCUUGUCGGCGUGAAGCUCGACGCGCCGAGCAGAGAGUUACUCACUUGGGCUUUGGUUAAAGUCGCUGAGCCUGGUGAUACUGUGAUCGCUCUUCAUAUUCUUGGAAAUGAGAUUGUCGAUCGAGCUGGGAACUCUUCGCUUCUCUCUCUGGUGAAAGCUUUCGACUCUGUUCUUGACGUUUAUGAAGGUUUCUGCAAUCUGAAGCAGGUUGAUCUGAAGCUGAAACUAUGCCGUGGUUCCUCUGCUCGAAAGAUUCUAGUUCGAGAAGCGAAAUCAUUCUGUGCAUCGAAAGUUUUAGUAGGGAUUUCAAAAAGCCACCACACGAUUCGUUCAUCAGCGUCCGUAGCUAAGUACUUAGCGAAGAAACUACCAAAGGAUUGUUGGGUUCUUGCUGUAAACAACGGUAAAAUCAUGUUUCAAAAAGAAGGUUCUCCAUCAUCGAUCACUAAUCACUCUCAAGGAAAGGAAGAUGUUCGGAGGAACACUUUGUUGAAUGUGCUUCAGAGAUCUGUUACACUGAGUAAGACGACUACCAAAGUUGUUAGCCACUCCGAGGAGGUUUCCAAGGAAGAGGAGGAUGAUAAGAACCAAUCAUGUGGCCAGAAUCUGCAGCAGGCCUUAGCAGCUGCUCGUUGGGAGAAUUGCUCGGUUUGUGGUUCGGAUUCUCUGUCUCCAAAUGAUACAACUACUCCUGGAAAGUUAUUUGGAGCUUCAAAUUUCGAUAGGUGUGAAGAUGAUGAGUGCCACAAAGAGAUGGAGAUUGUGCCUGUGAAAGGUCUAGAGGAAUCAGGCGGUUCUAUAACUAUGCUGGUUAGGAAAUUGCCUGAGUCUAGACCAGGCUGGCCGUUGCUUCGUCGUGCUGUUACUUCGUUAGGACCAUCCGUUACUACUCAUAGGCCUUCUUCGAAGCAGAUACCGGUAGCUCAAUGGGCUUUGAAGCUUCCCUCGAGGAGCAGUAAGCAAAUUGGUUUUGAAUCAUCUGACGAUAGAUUGUCAAGAUUAAACGCAGUUGGUAGUAACUCUAUCACCAAGAUGUCUUCUCCUGACAAUAGUCCAAGAAAACUCCCGGAGGAAUUAGAGGGACUCUAUGAGAGAUUCUCUUCAACUUGCCGGUUUUUCAAGUACAAGGAACUUGUUUCAGUGACAUCAGAUUUCUCCGCUGAUAAUUUCAUCGGGAAAGGAGGCAGCAGCCGGGUUUUUAGAGGUUGUUUGUCCAAUGGGAGAGAGGUUGCUGUGAAAAUCCUCAAGCAAACCGAAGAUGUCUUGAAUGAUUUUGUGGCUGAGAUCGAGAUUAUCACAACACUACACCAUAAGAACAUCAUAUCCCUCUUAGGCUUUUGCUUUGAAGACAAUAACCUACUACUUGUAUACAAUUAUCUCUCGAGAGGAAGCCUUGAAGAGAACCUUCACGGAAACAGGAAAGAUCUGCUUGCAUUUCGUUGGAGCGAGAGAUAUAAAGUAGCUGUGGGAGUAGCCGAGGCCUUAGACUAUCUGCAUAACAGUGCUUCGCAACCCGUCAUCCACAGAGAUGUUAAGUCAUCAAACAUACUAUUAUCAGAUGAUUUUGAGCCACAGCUUUCUGAUUUUGGGCUUGCGAGGUGGGCGUCUAUAUCUCACAUAAUCUGCUCGGAUGUCGCGGGAACCUUUGGCUACUUGGCUCCAGAGUACUUCAUGUAUGGUAAAGUUAAUGAUAAGGUAGAUGUGUAUGCAUUCGGUGUAGUUUUACUCGAGCUUCUCUCUGGAAGAAAACCGAUUAGCAGUGGAUGUCCAAAGGGACAAGAGAGUCUUGUCAUGUGGGCCAAGCCAAUUCUAGAUGAUGGAAAGUAUUCUGAGUUAUUAGACCCGAGUCUGCGGGAUAACAAUGGUGACCAAAUGCAGAGGAUGGCGUUAGCUGCUACUCUUUGUAUUCGACGUAGCCCUCAAGCUAGACCAAAAAUGAGCAUUGUCUUAAAGCUACUCAAAGGCGAUGAAGACACGGUCAAGUGGGCAAUGCAGCAAGUGAGUAGUUCAUCAGAAGAAUCAGAGGUGCUUAAGGAUGAGGAAUGUCAAAGAUCUAACUUGCAGUCACACCUUAACGUAGCGCUUCUUGAUGUUGAAGAUGACUCUAUCUCAAUGGGAAGCAUCGAGCAAGGCGUCUCUGUUGAAGAUUAUCUAAAAGGCAGGACAAGCCGUUCUUCGAGCUUCGACUAAAUGCCCUUUUUUAACUGAAACCAUUCUUGUGUAUAUAUAUGUAUGGACGGGUGGUGGAUUUGUGGGGUUCUUUUUAGCCCUUGUUCCUCCCCGCUUUAGGGUUGUAAUUGUAGAUUUCAAUUGUUGGGGGGUUUGUUUCGCUAUUUUCAUCUUCUUUCUUUUUUGGGGAAACAUUAUAGUUGUGGUUGUGAA